UCAGAUCGUUGGUGCUGAUGAGGAGGAUGAGCGGAGCGGGUGGAGCCAGGCUGGGAUCAGAGACAGAUUGUGCUCAAUGACCGGAGAAUCCUCCAGUUUUUAUUUCUCCAGCAUCAAAUCAACCCGCAUGUGUGACCCAGGAUCGGCCUGCUGCUGGACCGGAGCUGCAGACAUUUUCCCCAUCAGUCACAGAUGGAUGCUGCUCUGUCCUGAAGGAGGAGGAGGAGAAAAACAUCAGUGCAUUGUUGCUCAGCCUCCAGCCUGGAGAGGCGAUGACAGGCAGGAGAGACGCGAUCCUUUCUUUAUUCUAAGGACCGCAUCUCUGUCAGCGAUGCGAAACGCUUUGUGAUUUUCAUUUCGUCAUCCUGUCAAAUAAUUAUGAACAACGCGCAGGAUAUGUCGCCUGAUUUCGUGUUGAUGCGCCUGGUGUCCGCCGCCGAGGAUGGCCGCCUGGACUCAGAAAACGGGAACGUUCAGUCUGGGGGGACGGUGGCCGGGAAGGGGAAGGACGCGCUGGUUAACAGCGCCGUUAAACCGGCUUUGGACAUCAGCCGAGAGCCGGGCCUGCAGCGUCCCUGCAGCCCGCAGAACAAAGGCCAGAGCAGCGAGACCACGGCUGCAGCUGACAGCGGGGGGACGCAGGGCCCCAAGCAGACAACCCAGGGCUCCAUGGGGCCCCAGGGGUUUGACUUUGUCCCCAGCCCCGGCCUGCGCCCGCAGCUGCUUGUCUUCUCCAACAUUAUGCGUAGCGGAGAUCUGGACCGUCUCCCUGCGCCGAGGGACGCACUGGAACCGAGCCCAGCUGUCAACAACAACCGCCCUGCUGGAGAAGAGGGGCCCCGGGACCCGAUGGGUCAGACACCGUCAGCAGCGCAGCUUCCAGUCCCUUCAGCCGCGGAGGGUCCGGGAGCCGCAGAGCUGUGCCAUCGGUUCAUUACCACCCCCAACGCCUGGCCUCUGCUGGCGGACACCUCCGGACCUGAGAGCUGCAGGGAGCAGCAGGAGGCGGUGCUGGAGCUGGCCCGGCGGUUCGGGGAGCUGGGGGUAGGAGCGGUACCCAGGAUGCUGCUGAAAGGAGCGGAGCUGCCGCAGUGCUCCUGUCAGGGCGCCCAGGGAGCAGAACCCAGGGAUGACCCCACAGAGACCAGCGAUGCUCUGCUGGUCCUGGAGGGGCUGGGGGGUAGGGGCAUGGAGGAGGGCCCUGGGGAGGAGCUGGAUGCUGAUGAUGGACACAGGGAGUUUUUACUCCAAAGGAAAAGAGAAAUAAUCCAAAAGAUGUCUGGGGCUUUCUCCAUCAGCAGCUUCCAGGUGGAACUGAGGACACAGAUGGAGGAAAUUGGCCAGCCAGGAACCGCUGGUCCAGAAAGUUCCACUCAGGCAUUAACAAAGACAUCAACACCUGUCCAGAACUCACCCUGGACCACUAGCCCAAACCCAAGCCAGUCCUCCACUCCCAGAAGGGCAAAGCGGUGCACCGGUGGCCCCAGGACCCCCACAUACCGAACCGCAGGCGGAGACAAGACAUUCAAGGUUCCAGGGAAGUCCAAGAAGAACUCUUUGAAGACCCGCCUGAGUAAACUGUUCCGGACUAAAAGCUGCAGCGGGUCGACUCACAUCCUGGACAAAAGGCCCUCAGUGUCUUAUUCAGUAUCCUCAGCUGUGAGUCUGGUGGACAUGGAAGGUGGUUCUGGAGCUGAACAGGAUGCUGACAGCCACAGGGAGCCCCGGCUGAUCAGGGCCCACAGUGCCUUCUCCCCUGCCUCCCUCACUGCCUCCCUCUCUGCUUCCCUCUCCACUUUCACUGGUGAAACUGUAUCCCUGGUGGAUGUGGAUAUUUCUCUACGAGGGACAAACACUCCACACCCUCCCACUCCUCCGCGCCGAAGUCUCAGUCUAUUAGAUGACAUAUCAGGGCCUCAGCCUGGGCCCUUCCUUGUCAGUAUUGUGGGUGCCUCCCUGCAAUCCCUCCCUCUGUCUCACCCUCCUCCUCCUCCCCCCUCCCAAGCCACCAUCCAGCACAGUCUCAGCCUCAAUGAUGCCUUUUUCCGGGCCCUUCCUCAUUCGAAUUCAUCGUCGUUGGGUGCUGUCCCACCGGUCAGACAAGCCGCUCCUCCUGUGCUGUGUGCUCUGCGGCGAUCUGAAGCCAGCAACUUCACAGCCAGUCUGAGAGAGCUGGAAAAGUGCGGCUGGUACUGGGGUCCUAUGAACUGGGAAGAUGCGGAGGUGAAGCUGAAGGGCAAACUGGACGGAUCGUUUUUGGUCCGAGACAGUUCGGACCCCCGAUACAUCCUGAGUCUCAGCUUCAGAUCGCAGGGAGUCACACAUCACACUCGUAUGGAACAUUAUCGAGGGACAUUCAGCCUGUGGUGUCACCCGAAGUUUGAAGACCGCUGCCACUCUGUGGUGGAAUUCAUCGAGCGCGCUAUCAUGCACUCCAAGAAUGGCAAAUUCCUCUACUUCCUCCGCUCCAGAGUCCCAGGGCUUCCCCCAACUCCUGUUCAGCUGCUCUAUCCUGUAUCUCGCUUCAGCAACGUCAAGUCAUUACAGCACCUCUGUCGCUUCUGCAUCCGGCAAAUAGUCCGUAUCGACCACAUUCAAGAGCUUCCACUGCCCAGAUCACUGAUCUCCUAUCUGAGUAAGUUUUAUUACUAUGAUCCUGAGGAGGAGAUGUAUCUGUCAAUCAAUAAUAUCCGGAGGGUGGUAAGAUCGGGGCAGGAGGCCAACCUGCAGACGUAGCAGCACACACCUCCUAACCUGAAGUCUCUAAUGUGGGACCCAUCUGUACUGGUCUGCAGGUCCUUCAUCAUCAGUCCAGGGAUGAAUCAAAAAGAUUCAGACUGAAAUGAACUCUGAACUGGAAGCAGCUCGCUAGUUUCUGGAGAAAAAAGAUCGGAAUGAAAAGUUGUUGCUGUUUCUAAUGGAGAGAACCUCCGUCAGGUCUAACGAAGAAACAAAAAGAUUUUCUUUAAAAAAAAAAAUGUCGACAGACCCUAAAGGAGCCUCCUGAACCAGCUGGACUUUUUAAAAAAUGGUCAGUUUGUACAACCGUUGUUCUGAAGUAAAUCUUUGUUUUUCUUUCUAUUUUGUAAAAAUAAAAUGAAUUUUGGAUUUAGAUAUACCAGCAGGAUAGAAACCUAGAGGCAAGGCAAAGCAGCCACCAGCACUGACACGAAAGACCUCAGACCUUUCCUUUUUGAGUUUGCUAAGACAAGCUCCUAUUUUCUGUGGAAGCAGAGAUCUUUAUUUUGCUCAAAUCUCAAAAAGAGAUCUUAUAUCUAGGAAUAAAAAUACAAAAUCAGCCUCUUCUGCUGAUCGCCCUUUGGCGAACACCGUUUGAAUAUUUAUGAACCUAAAAGGUUUAUUAAAGUAUCUAUUUUCUUUAAUUGUUGAGAAUAAUUAGGUCUAGCAGGAUUGUUUUCUUUUGACCUGAAGCACUGCAGAAUCUUAACAUUUGUAAAUGAAUGCAAUGGCAAGCAGGCAGCCAUUAUUCAAACUGUCCUUUGUAAUGAUCCAGUCUAAUGAUAAAUUUAACAUGCAGCUCAUGUAGAAAUGAAACCAGAAGUUGUUCUGAGGUCAGCACUCUGAAGAUUGCUUUCUUUUAGUUUAUCAUCCAUAUGUCCCACCCAGAGCAGUUGCUGUAUCCAUGUUCCUGGAUGAUAAAUGAUGUACCUCAAUCGCUCCCUGGUUUCUUACAGACAUGGACAAAGGUUUGACUGUGACAAAGAUGUAAAGUAUCAUUGUGUUUUUGUUAACUAGCAACUACAUCAAACUUCCACACCUUUGAGGUGAAACUUUAAGGUGUCUAUCUCUUGCUCCUGAAUCAUUAAAAAAACUCUUGAAGGAUGGUUGGAUUCCACUCCCUUGGAUUAAAAAGUAUGGA